CCGGGUCAGUUUGAAGUCUGGGGCGGGAAGAAAAAGAAGAAGAAGAAGAAGCAGCAGCUGUGUGUUUGUGACGUUUCUCUGAGGUCGAGGUGCUGCUCCCCUGGGGAUGGACCUGACGACGUGUUUGAAGUCCCUGCUGCUGGCCAUCCAGCAGUACAGAGGCAGCAGGACGACACACAACACAGCGCAGCUACACAAACAAGUGGAGGAGGUCUCAGGACUGAGAUGUGACCAGCUGCUCUCCUCAGGCCAGGUUUUACCCAGUGAAUGUGUCAGUGGACUGGUGGAGCUGGUUGGAAACCCAAACACCAACCCCUCCCUGACCAGCUCCAUCAUCUCUCUGCUGGCACAACUAGCCUGUGAUGACGACAGUCGGGAGAUGCUUCACAGCAGCUAUAACCUCACCAGCACCUUAGCCUCGGUCAUCCACUGCCACAGCGUCACACCAGCAGAGCCACUGGUCCUGCAGUGUCUUCAGGUGCUGCAGAAACUGACGUACAGCACUCGCACCUUCCAGUCGACAAACUACAUCCACGAGCUCAUCGCCUUUCUCAUGACCAACAUCCAGUCUCACAAUGAUGACAUCAUCAUGCCGUGCCUCGGCCUCAUGGCCAACCUGUGUCGUGACAACCACUCGGUGCAGAGCCACAUCAAGUCUCUGGACAAUGUGAAGCCGUUUUACCGCACACUGAUCAACUUCCUGGCUCACAACAGCCUGACGGUGGUGGUCUUCACGUUGUCCAUACUGUCCAGCCUCACCCUGAACGAGAAGGUUGGCGAGAAGUUCUUUGACGCAAAGAACAUCCAUCAGACCUUCCAGCUUGUGUUCAACAUCAUUGUGAAUGGCGACGGAACUCUGACAAGAAAAUACUCAGUGGAUCUCUUGGUGGACUUGUUGAAAAACUCAAAAAUAGCAGACUUCCUCACAAGGUAUCAGCACUUCUCAGCAUGUUUGUCUCAGGUCUUAGGACUGCUGCAGUCCAAAGACCCAGAUUCUGCAGCCAAGGUCUUGGAGCUGCUCCUGGCCAUGUGCAGUGUCUCAGGUCUGCGCUCGCUCUUGUGUGACGUGGUUUUCAAACCGGCUGCAGCCAAACUCAGAGCCCCGAGCAGAAGGCAGGGGCCCGGUCUGGAUAAUGGGGGACGCAAGGAACAGUCUGGCCUCGCCCUGGUGCAGUGGCUGAGCUCGCCUGUAGAGGGCGCUGAAUCCUGCUCUCUGCAGGCCCUGCACCUGCUGCAUGAGCUACUGAAGGAGUCGUUGGGAGCAGAUACUUUACCUGAUCGUGUUGUGAGCUUCAUAGAGAUGCUGCUUCCAGUGCUGCUGGGGCUCCUGAGGGGUCUGGAUCCUGCGAAGGGAGACGCUCACCUGAGGAAACACUGCCACCGCAUCACACACGUCAACAGCUUGCUGCUGCUCCUGUGCACUGACGAGUCCACCCGGUCCAUCGUGUCCCGUCAGGUGAGCGCUCAGCUCUGCCUCUCGCAGGCGGAGUCCCUCCUCUCCUCAUGUCACGGCAACAACCCUCUUACCUGUCUCCCUCCCGGCUCUGACAAUGAUCUCAGUCAGGUGUGUGCAGAAGCUCUGCUGAAGACUCUGGAGUUGAUGAGCAAACUGAGACAGCAGGUGAAAGACAUGGAGACCAGCUUCUACAGGAUGUUACAGGAUCAGAGGAUAGCCACUCCCCUCUCAUUGGCUCUGACGUCCCACCACCGGCAGCGUGUGCAGACUGGACUCUCGCUGCUGUUUGAAGCCACGCCCCUCCCAGACUUCCCUGUGUUGGUUCUGGGAGAAAGCAUCGCGGCCAACAACGCUUAUCGCCCGAGGGAUUGUGAGCUGUCCGUCAAACGUGUGGCUGUGCAGGAAGUCCCACCUCCCAGGAUAAACACGAGUGUACUGGACUCUUCCAGUGGAACCAGCAGGGGCGUCCACAGUCUGGUGGAGAAGAUGCAGAAUGGCCUGGGGGUAAAAACUCUGCAGGAGCCGGUUAAAGACUCUCAUGUGUCUGAGAUCAUCGAUGUGUAUGCAAAGAAGAUCUCAGCAUUUGCGUCUCAGGAGAGUCGCCUGCAGGACCUGUUGGAGGCAAAGGCUCUCGCUCUGUCUCAGGCCGACCGUCUUCUCUCUCAGUUUCGCUUCCAACGAGCUCAAGCUGAGGCCGAGGCUCUUAAACUCGGCUCUUUGCUGAAGGAGGCCGAGCGGCGGCGCGAGGAUCUGCAGAGCGAGCUCAGCAACCAGGUGCUGGAGGUGAAGCGCUCCAAGGCCGACAUGGAGGAGCUGCUGCAGCACAACGCCAGACUGCAGCAGGACACUGAGGAGCACCAGGGUCUGAAAGGAGGAUACAACGCCUUGCUCAGCAGGUUCACUGAGAGCGAGCGGCUGCUGAGGGAGCAGCAGGUCGCUCACGUCGCUCUCACCAAACAGAGCGACGCUCUGAGGAAGAACCACGAAGCUCUGCAGCUGCAACACGAAAAGAUGGCGUCAGAGUUGGAGGAGAGAGAGGAGGAGGUCAGAUCUCUCCGUUCAGAUCUACAGCAGAGAAACAGUGACAUCACAGGUCUACGUGGUGAACUUCGGGCCGAGGAGCAGAAGGUGAAGGAGAAGGAUCAGGAGAGGAGGGACCUGGAGGAGACCGUGGAUGUUUUGAGGAAAGAACUGAACAAGACGGAGCAGGCGAGGAAGGACGCCAGCAUCAAGGCGUCUUCUCUGGAGCUGCAGAAGAGCCAGCUGGAGACGAAGCUGAAGCAGAAGGAGGACGAGCUGAACAAACACUCGGCCAUGAUCUCCAUGAUCCACAGCCUGAGCAGCGGCAAGAUGAAGAGCGACGUCAACCUGUCGCUCUGAGGAGCAGAGGACUGACCGAGGGAAAACUGACUAAAGGAACUUUAUUAACUAUGAUCUUUUUAAUCUGUAAUACUGUAUAUAUAUUUUUAAAUAUAACUAUACUUAAUAAUACACAAAGAACUAGAAUUGUGAGACCAGUUCACACUUUCAUGUUCUCAUUUUUAAAUUAAACUAGUAUUUUUAAAGUCAUAUUGAAAUCUUUUGUUUGUGUCUGUCUUUUAUUGUUUGAUAAAUAAAUGAUGUAUUUGUAUCUUUACUGGAUUUAAGGCCAAAUCAAAUGUGUGUAUGUAUUUUAGAUUCAAUAUAAAACAGCGAAGUGACGCUGCUGCUUUUUCUUGUAAAUAUGUUUAUGAGCUGAUUUUCAUCAAGUGAAACUCAUUUGAUCAGAUUCGGUCAAGAUCUGAAUAAAUUACUUCAUUCACUUUGAA